AUGACACUUAUCGUCAAUACAACAUUUAAGCCGCAAAAAGAGAAGGCUAGACAGGCGAAGUCACCUCCUGGUCCAAGUGAAGAAGGGCUAUUUUCCAAGCUCCAUCUCAUACAAGACCUAUCGCAAAACAGCUCAUAUGGCUAUCAUCUCAAUCCCAUAUUACCACCUCAAUACCAAUUCACCGUCGGCGCAAACAAACCCAAUCUCCCAAACCAGGAAAUUCCAGAUCAUUACACGCUCCUCGGCUCUGGUCUUGAGGGUUUAGAAGAGGAAACGAGGAAUGAACUCGCGAGUUGUGUUACUAAUGGUACUUAUCUGGGUACGGAACAUGAGGAGGGCUUGAAUAUGGCGGCAAAUGUCGCGGUUACGGUGGGAGUGGGUGAGAGGAUUUUGUUGGAUCUAAAGUGGUCGCUGGAUCGGAUUUCGGCGGCUUGGUGUAUGGAGGUGGAAGUCAAGGAGCCGGUGGUUGAUGCGGAAGCUACGCCUACAUCAUCUAGUUCUCCAACCACGACCGGCAUAUUGACACCCACCUCAUCGAUUUCGAGUCCCAUAGAUGUCGGUCGCAGAAUCCCGUCACUGAGUAUAAACGUCAUCUCUACGCCUCCGCCGAUUAAGAGGCUUUGUACAUUUCGGUGGUUUCAGGCGAGCCAUACGAACUUCAAACUUCUCGCCUCUUCCGAUACCUCGGAAAGUAUUUUAGUGGCCGAAUUCGUCGCCGAAACGUCAUCCGAGAAGAGAGCAAGGGGAUGGAAGGGCCAGUUGCUGUUUCGAGAUUAUUUUGGGAGGGAGUGGGAGGCGGUGGUGCUUUGUUCGGUGGGAUUGAUGGUUGAUCUGAGAUGGGGUGAGGAGGAGGUUUGGAUAUAA